AUUUUUCAACGUGUUGGAGUUGUUAUACCUAUUUUGAAAGUCGCCAUUUUAAGACAGUCAAAAAAUUAGCAGUGAAAAAAAAAUUGGGAAAAACUCUGUAAAUAUCUAUUGAAUUGAAUUGAAUCGUCAAUCACAACAAAUUUAAGAUUGAAGCUUUAACUUGCAGCAAUACCAUAAACUAGCAAACCAAAAAUAUGUUUCAAACUAUUGUUUUGGUCUCCUGUGUUUUUGUAACUGCCUUUUGUGCGCCGCCCAAUCCGUUAGAUGCGAAUGCAAGCACUUUAGGACUCGCUAAUGAAGUGCAUCCUGAUGGCAGUUACAACUUCUCCUACCAAACUUCAAACGGCAUUGAUUUUAGUGAAUCGGGCGUGGGUAGUUCGUAUGCCUCGGGUUCCUACAGCUAUACUUCCCCAGAGGGUCAAAAUGUAGCACUUAGUUACACUGCCGAUGAAAAUGGAUACCAGCCGCGUGGAGAUCAUCUACCCACUCCACCACCCAUUCCCGAUUACAUUCUCAGAGCUUUGGCUUAUAUUGAGGCGCAUCCAUUCCCCAAAAUACCUAGAAAAUGA